AUGAGAGGCAGACUAUGGACAUUAUGGAUAUUACAAACACUUGGUGGUGUGUUCUGUUUACUACUUGGAAGGGCUACCACACUUCCUCUGGCUAUUACUUGGAUGAUCAUAUUCUCAAUAGGUGCACAAGCAGCAUGUGGUGCAACGUUUGGAAUUAUUCCCUUUAUUUCGCGAAGAUCAUUAGGUAUAAUAUCAGGCAUGACAGGAGCUGGAGGCAAUUUUGGUUCAGGAUUGACACAACUACUGUUUUUCACGAGCACUAAGUACUCGACAGGAACAGGAAUAACGUAUAUGGGGAUGAUGAUCAUCGCGUGUACACUUCCAGUAACGUUAGUUCAUUUUCCACAAUGGGGUAGUAUGUUUUUGCCUCCAACUAAAGAUCCUAUUAAGGGUACUGAAGAACAUUAUUUCACUUCUGAGUAUACUGAGGAUGAGAAACAAAAGGGAAUGCACCAGAACAGCAUCAAGUUCGCGGAGAAUAGCCGAUCCGAGCGCGGAAAGCGAGUGGGUUCAGCACCUACUCCACCUAACGUAACGCCAAAUCGCGUGUGA